CCUCGCGCGGCGCCGCCCUCCUCCUCACCCUCUCCCUCUCGCUGCGGUCUGUGGUGUCCCUGAAGAGACAGAGGGGUGUCCUCCGGGGUCCAGGCCCUGACAGGCGGCCGAGAGCGCGGAUGCCCGUGGGCGUGCGUGCGUGGGAGGCGGCUGCACUCUUCCUGCAGGGGCCCAGCUCCUCUAAAGGAUCCCGGGCCAGGGACGCGCAUCGGCCGUGGACAGGGCCUGGGCGCGCGCGAGGCGGCAGCGGCGGCGGCGGCGGGACCCCGGGACCCCAGGCCGCGCCAGGCAGCCCCGAGACGCCUCGCCCACGCUCGUGCCCCUCCNCCCCCCCGCCGCUUCCUUCCUCCGCUCAGCGCGCCUGAGAGCGCAGGCCGGAUGCGAACCCGGGCCAGCCUAGGGUCGUUCAACUUGGCGGCUCCCGGCCUGCUGCCCGCGCGCUACUUGUGAGGCGUGGCCCGGCGAAGGAGGCGCUUGGGGGGCGUGGGGCUCCCCAGCUGGCGGCGGCGACCGAGGGCGCGCGGGACAAUGAGCUGGGCAGCUGCGCGCUGCGGCCGCCUUUAGCUGGCUGAGCGGUUCCACCUGCGAGCAUGGCCCGAAUGUCCGAGCCAGGUGUCCCGCUGCUUUAAGACCGGACGGAGCGCCUAGAUCGCGGCGCGCUGCGGCCGGGGCGGCUGGGGCGGCGGGAACGUUCUUUUAUUAAUUUAUUUGUGGAGAGCUCUCCCGAGCAGCCGCGAUGGCCAGCACAAGGAGCAUUGAGCUGGAACAUUUUGAAGAACGGGACAAAAGGCCGCGGCCAGGGUCACGGAGAGGGGCUCCCAGCUCCUCCGGGGGCAGCAGCAUCUCUGGCCCCAAGGGCAACGGGCUCAUCCCCAGCCCGGCUCACAGUGCUCACUGCAGCUUCUACCGCACGCGGACCUUGCAGGCCCUCAGCUCGGAGAAGAAGGCCAAGAAGGCGCGGUUCUACCGGAAUGGGGACCGCUAUUUCAAAGGCCUGGUCUUUGCCAUCUCCAACGACCGUUUCCGUUCCUUUGAUGCGCUCCUCAUAGAGCUCACCCGCUCACUGUCUGACAAUGUGAACCUGCCCCAGGGCGUCCGCACCAUCUACACCAUAGACGGCAGCCGGAAGGUCACCAGCCUGGACGAGCUGCUGGAAGGUGAAAGUUACGUGUGUGCCUCCAACGAACCAUUUCGUAAAGUUGAUUACACCAAAAACGUUAAUCCGAACUGGUCUGUGAACAUCAAGGGCAGUACCAGCCGCACCCUGGCCGUGGCCUCUGCGAAGAGUGAAGUGAAGGAAAGCAAAGACUUCAUUAAACCCAAGUUAGUGACUGUGAUUCGGAGCGGAGUGAAGCCCAGAAAGGCCGUGCGGAUUCUUCUGAAUAAAAAGACUGCCCAUUCCUUUGAGCAGGUCUUGACAGACAUCACCGAAGCCAUUAAACUAGACUCGGGCGUGGUCAAGAGGCUGUGCACCCUGGAUGGAAAGCAGGUUACUUGUCUGCAAGACUUUUUUGGAGACGAUGAUGUUUUUAUUGCAUGUGGACCUGAAAAAUAUCGUUAUGCCCAAGAUGACUUUGUCCUGGACCAUAGCGAAUGCCGCGUCCUGAAGUCGUCCUACUCUCGAGCCUCAGCUGCUAAGUAUUCAGGAUCCAGAAGCCCAGGGUUCUCCCGCCGCAGCAAGUCGCCAGCUUCAGUGAAUGGAACUCCCAGCAGCCAGCUCUCCACUCCGAAGUCCACCAAGUCCUCUAGCUCCUCUCCAACCAGCCCCGGAAGUUUCAGAGGAUUGAAGACUUCUGCUCAGGGCAGAUCUUCUUCCAAUGUAAACGGUGGGCCUGAACUUGACCGCUGCAUGAGCCCUGAAGGUGUGAACGGAAACAGGUGCUCUGAGUCGUUCCCCCUUCUGGAGAAAUACAGAAUCGGCAAGGUCAUCGGGGAUGGCAACUUCGCUGUAGUUAAGGAGUGCGUGGACAGGUCCACUGGAAAAGAGUUUGCAUUAAAGAUUAUAGACAAAGCCAAAUGCUGUGGAAAGGAACAUCUGAUUGAGAACGAAGUGUCCAUCCUGCGCCGAGUGAAGCACCCCAACAUCAUCAUGCUGGUUGAAGAGAUGGAAACAGCAACCGAGCUCUUUCUCGUGAUGGAACUGGUCAAAGGUGGAGAUCUCUUUGAUGCGAUUACCUCUUCAACCAAGUACACUGAGAGAGACGGAAGCGCCAUGGUGUACAACCUAGCCAAUGCCCUCCGAUAUCUGCACGGCCUCAGCAUCGUACACAGAGACAUCAAACCUGAGAAUCUUCUGGUGUGUGAAUACCCAGAUGGAACCAAGUCUUUGAAGCUGGGAGACUUUGGACUGGCGACGGUGGUUGAAGGUCCGUUGUACACGGUCUGUGGCACGCCAACUUAUGUGGCACCAGAGAUCAUUGCUGAAACAGGUUAUGGCCUGAAGGUGGAUGUUUGGGCAGCUGGUGUGAUUACAUACAUACUUCUCUGUGGAUUCCCACCGUUCCGGAGCGAGAACAACCUCCAGGAAGAUCUCUUUGACCAGAUCUUGGCUGGAAAGCUGGAGUUCCCAGCCCCCUACUGGGACAACAUUACAGACGCUGCCAAGGAGUUAAUCAGUCAAAUGCUUCAGGUAAACGUUGAAGCUCGCUGCACUGCGGGAGAAAUUCUGAGUCACCCCUGGGUGUCAGAUGAUGCAUCCCAGGAGAAUAAUAUGCAAGCUGAGGUUACAGGUAAACUAAAACAGCACUUUAAUAAUGCGCUCCCCAAACAGAACAGCACCACCACCGGGGUCUCCGUUAUCAUGAACACGGCUCUAGAUAAAGAGGGGCAGAUUUUCUGCAGCAAGCACUAUCAGGACAGCAGCAGACCAUCCAGGGAGCAGACCUCGCCAGUCCCUCCCGCAGCCCAGGAGGCCCCUCCCCCACUGGAGUCUCCCAGGCCCUCUUGUCCACCAGCCACCUCUGGCUGUGAUCUGGCAGGGACCUGGCGCCGCCACCGAGACUGAACUCUGUGUACACAGGCCAAAGCCGCUCACCGCUCACCGUGCUGGGCAGGCCCCUCUUCAGCGGGCCUCAUCAACUCCUUGCUGAAUGAGCCUCUCCUCCUGGCUGCCUGCUUUGACAGUUUGUUGGCAUGUUCUGUCACUGCCUGAGAACAGAACUGGGGCAUCCUGGAGCCGGUGUGCAGCAUAGCCUCACGUACUUUGGGCUCUGCCCUCUCUAGAUCCUGGCCAUGUCAAGCAAGCCAUGUCAGUUGUGGAGAUAUAUUUGGAGUGACUCAUUUUAAAUCAUCUGUUCAGUAGACACUUGGCCGCUUUCCCCAGAGAAUGUGCAACUUUUAUCUGGAAUUACAUCGUUUUUACAGAAAUGCAUUGGAUGAAUUAGGAUUUUCCUUAUUGAAGGACACUCCAAGUGCUCCCUUCUCAGGACACAGCUAUGGUACCUUUGUUCUGUGAGAGGCAACAUGGCCUCUUCCUCUUCUUAGGGCGCUUGAGGCACCUGGCUUCAGACUAGGAUUGUCAUUCUGACUUGAGAGGGUCAUUUGCCUCCCGACUUUGGGAAGUGCAUUCUGAUGCCCUGGGAAGCAGAUCCUGACAGUCCGUCCAUCCGUCCGUCCGUCCGUCCGUCCAGCUGGGGUGCUGGGCUCACAGACCUAGCCGACAGCCCUCGGUUUCCCCUGACUCUCCCUGUGUGUGUUUUAGGAAAUACUUAUGAAGCUGGCCCGUGGGCUUCCCAGUGGAACAUGCGGCAGCUCUUGGCAGAGCAGGGCCAGCUCUGCUGUGUCAUCUCCAGGGUCUCCUCUCACCUCUGCUCUUCGUCAAGAGCAGGCAGAAAGCCAUGGCAGGUCUGCUGAGACCCAGCGGGGACUGGGGCGUGGUGCUCCUUGAUUGUCCUGUGACCAACCUUCUGGAAGGNUGCNGGCAGUUUUCCCUGUUUUCCACCACCCCACCCUUUUUAGUGAUUGUAUAUAACUGUAUUUGUUUUUAGUGAUUGUAUAUAACUGUAUUUGUUCCACUUGCUUGUCUUCAAAUGGGGGGGGGGGUCACAGUUCACUCUCACUGUUAGAUUUUGCCUUUUCCAGGUAUCCCCAACCUGCAAUAAAACUCUUCCUUCUUCAGAAAAGCCAUGGGGUGGGCGGAGUUUCUGUGUGGUUGUUAUGGGAAGUGCAUGUGAUCGCAGGGGUAGGCCCAGAGCAUCCAAACAAGCAGGUUUUUCCGAGUGUGAGCUUAGGAGCAGUGAGAGGAGAGAGCAUGGCUGGACAAUUCUGUCCUGCCUGUCCUGGAUAAGGUCCUGUUUUUCCGUGUCGUGACUUAGCUUCCCUGUAAGUCUGCUUGUGACAUUGCUCACCUGUGGCUCCAAUUACCCAGAGCCAUGUCUGUCAUUGCCUCAGAGUUUGACUCUCCAGCUUGAAACCACUGACCGGGCUCUGGACCUCUUGGUUUAUGUUGCCCAGGGAACGAGACAGCUGAUGGGCCAGCUGACCCAGGGUUCCACCCAGAGCCCCAUAGCUAUGGCAGAGACGGAAGGACGAUGUGUUCAAGAACACUGUGGGAUGCUGGUUUAGAACAUUUGGCAUGUGUCUCUUCACUACUUGGCUAAAGAGCAAGGUUUUAAAAGGAAGAUUUAUUGUGCAUGGGUAUCUGUGUGGAUGUCCAUGGAGUCCAGAAGAGGGAGGGAAAUGGAACUGUGACCUCAGUCCUGGGUGCUGAGAACAAACUAUCCUCUGGAAGAGCAGUGAGUGCUUUUCACCCUUGAGCCAUCACUCCAACGCCAAGGAGGUUUUUCAGUCUCUGUGGGUGCUUCAUUUUCAUAGAGGGGAAGAGUUAGUGCAAAGGGAAGAGGAGAACAGAGCAGGAGGUAGGGCAGGGUGUCUCCCUCUCUUCAGCUGUGGUGCUCCCAGUGUGAGCUAAAGACCGAGUGUGUGACCAGGGCAGUGCCUGUCCGUGCCAGGGAAGAGCAGCCCUUCUUGUUCAGCAUGCAACUUUCUGUUUGUUCCCACGCAUGGGAGGCGGACAGAGGCGGUGAAGCCCCACACAGCUGCACUGCCUCA